AUAAUAAAAUGGAUUAUAAUAUUCAUAAAAUAUGUCGGGUCUGCCUAGAAGAGGGUGCUCUUACGUCCAUUUAUAGCACUGAAUUUGCGAUGAUGCCUUGCACAAUGUUGAUGAUGUGCGCUAAAAUAAGGGUUUAUAAAAGUGAUGGUUUACCGGCAGUUAUAUGCAAUAAUUGCAUUUAUCGAUUGGGCGUGGCGUAUCAUUUCAAGCAGGAGUGUGAGAACUCCGAUAUGAGACUGCGGCAGUACCUGGGCCUGCAAGACCGAGGAUACGGUUGUUGUGAUGCCGAGACUAAUACAGACUUGCCUAUUACAACAUUGGGUAAUAAAACCCACACAUUUUUGGAACCCGAUUCUGAGGACGAAUCGGAUGUGGGCGAUAAUGUGAAAAAGAAUAAGCGCCGUUCACGUUACCAACGCAAACCGCCUGAAGAGCAUAAGCGACGUGGUCCAAAACCCAUACCAAAACUACCCCAAACAUGUUUUGAAUGCAAUAAGACCUUCAAAUGCGCCGCACAACUGCAGAUGCAUUUGCGCACACAUACUGGCGAGAAGCCAUUUGCUUGCAACUAUUGUCCUCGACGAUUCGCGCAAAAGUACAAUCUGCACAUUCAUCAGCGUACACAUACCGGCGAGCGUCCAUUUCAAUGUGAGAUUUGCUCUAAACAAUUUUCGGCGCUGGGCAAUUUUCAGGCGCAUCAAAAGAUACACACUGGCAUACGUGAUCAACUGUGUCCGGUAUGUCAGAAGGCCUUCUACAGCGCCGGCGACCUCUCUAAACAUAUGGUCACGCACACACAGUUAAAGAAUCACCAUUGCGAUAUAUGUGGCAAAUCAUUCAGUCGGCAACGUGAUAUGCAAGCUCACAAACGAAAACAGCAUGCACUACAAGAGCGAAGCGAAGAUGACGAGGAUGAGGCAGUUGAUACCACUUGUCCUGAACCGGUGGUAGUAGUCGGUGGUACAGUGCCCGAUAAUGUAGUGCCGGGCACUUCCGUACUUCACGAAAGCUUCAAAUGUCCCGACUGUGAUAAAGAGUUCAGUUCGGCGAGCAGUUUAAGUGUCCAUUUUCGCACGCAUGCCAAUAGUAAUUUGUUGAAUUUGCCACUAACCACUCAAAUGCAACAUCAUUAUCAUGCACCACCACCACCGCCUCCUCCACCACCAACGCAUGCUACUCUCACCCACGACGGCCUACAUCACACGCAUCAUUUGUCGUUGAACACGUCACUGCAGCCCAACCAUCCAACACAUAUGGCACAUCAUCCGUCUAUGGCGCAUAUGUUGGCAGCAGCGCAACCUCCACCUCCACCGCCCCCAACGCCAUCAGCGCAAAGUAGUGCCACACUAAGUAUGAUGCAUGCAGCACAGCGGUUGCAUCCAUUCUAAAAAGACUGAGACGGAACGCAUUAAACACUAAAAAAUGUGGCGAAUAUUUUUUUAAAAUAAACGGUUGCCCACCGA